AUUCUGGCCAAGGGAGGUGAGAGGUGGAGAGCUGCCGAAAAGCACCCGCCGCGGGGCUCCAAAACACGUUCACACCCAGCCCGCGCCAGGAUUAAUGAGCGCGCUAGCCCCCCACACUCUCUCUCCCAUUUCACCGUGCCACCGUCAGAGCAAGAGGAACAAGUGAGGCGGGAUGUGCAUGCAGCCAAUGACAUCUGUUCGCUUAUUGUAGCGGUCGAGCUGUGCCUUACCUAA